AUGGAAUAUGAUUUCGAGAGGUUGGCCGCUAGAAACACCAGUUUCAAGGACACGACGACUUCUACCUUUGAAGUGUUAAAGACUCUUACGCCUCUGUCUUAUAUCUACAGCGACAAGAUUACCGACCAACAAAAGGACAACCACCACCUUUACGCCACCGAAAUGUCUGUCCACCGAGCUAUUCGCAAGGUCUUCCUUGCUGUUGAGCAAUCCGAGGGUGCUGGUGCUCGCGUUCGUCGAUCAAUUGGUACUCCUCAGCUGCGCAACUUUUCUCCUUUCCUGAUGCUUGAUCACUUCUCUGUCAAGCCUGGCGCUGGAUUCCCCGAUCACCCUCAUCGUGGUCAAGAGACCAUUACUUACCUUCUUGAGGGUGGUAUGGACCAUGAGGAUUUUGCUGGUAACCGAGGCACCCUCUCCGCUGGAGAUCUUCAGUUUAUGACUGCUGGAAAAGGUAUCGUGCAUGCAGAGAUGCCCCAGCAAAAUGCCGACGGCAGCGCCAACAUUGGUCUUCAACUCUGGGUCGAUCUCCCCAAGGAGCUCAAGGCCUGCGAGCCUCGCUACCGUGAUCUCAAGGCUCCAGAGAUCCCAAUCGCCAAGAUUGACGACGACAAGGUCACUGUCAAGGUCAUCUCUGGCCAGAGCCACGGCAUCGACUCAGUCAAGGAUCUCGCCUACACACCCGUCUGGUUCCUCGAUAUUGAGAUCCAGCCCGGUGGCAAGAUCACCCAGCCUCUUCCCCCCAACUGGAACGCCUUUGCCUACACCCUCGAGGGACAGGUCAUUGUUGGCAAUGAUGACCAGAAGCGUGUUGUCGAGCAGUACCACAACAUUGUUUUCGAGCCUGAAGGCGAUGUUGUUCACUUUGAGGUUGACGCCGGCGCUACCAAGUCCGCUCGAGUAGCUAUCAUCGCUGGUACUCCCCUGGAUCAACCCGUGAUCCAGUACGGUCCUUUCGUCCUUACUUCCAAGGAGGACGUUGCCAAGGCUCUGUUUGACUACCAGACACACUCCAACGGUUUCGAGCGUGCUGAGGACUGGCAGAGCGAGAUUGGAAAGUCCAUGGUGGGCUAA